AUGGCAGAAGACGAGAUCGUAUACCAUUAUUUCCUAGAACUAUGGGUAGAUAUGUGGUUCUACACGUUUUCCGUCGGGCUAUCCAAGUUCGUCAUACUAGGCUUCUACUGGAGAACAUUUGGUCUUUCCGUCAUCCGACAGCCUAUCAGAAUCCUGUUCGUCUGCUCGGCAUGCUGGAUCAUUGUCAGGCCGAUUCAGAAGUUCUGGUACAAAGACAUUCCUGGCAAGUGCACAUUGCCGCCGAUGAUGUCGCUCUUUGCCGCGGCCAUACCUCAUUUCAUUCUUGAGGUCGCGAUAUUACUCUGUCCGCUCUAUGAGAUAUCCAGACUGCAUAUCUCGACAGCACGCAAGGUUGCUGUAGCGGCAAUGUUCGCGGCUGGCCUGUUAAACCCCCAUCCAGAUCUCACAUACGACGGCAUCGACGACCAGAUAUGGGCAGUAUGCGAUGUGAACCUGGCAUCCUUUGCAAGUCAGUCAUCUAUGCUGAAGCUUUUCCUCGAACCAGGUCGCUGA